AUGCCUAAGGAUGGCCCCGACUGCACUAGUCUCAACCAUCGCCAGCGGAAAGGCACCUUCUGUCUGUCCACAGACAAAGAGCCGGAGACAUCACCUCCUUUACACAUGGCUUGGGAGCUCCUUUCUCGACGGAGGGCCAGGGUCGUGCCCCUGCUGCUUCUUGGAGCCAUGAAAUCCCUGAUCUUUUGGGUCUGUGUCCGACAAGUCCUCUUUAUCUUCCUGUACCUGUUGACUGUUCUGGGCAUCACUCUCUUCCUACAGCUGCAGAGUCAGUCCCCCAGCCAGGGGCAGAGGAUCUCCUCUUCCAGUGACCAACAGCAACUCUCACCCACAGAUCAGGGCAUAUGGACCGUGAACUCCAUCGGGCGCCUGGGGAACCAGAUGGGGGAAUACGCCACCCUCUACGCCCUGGCCAAGAUGAACAGGCGCCAGGCCUACAUCCUCCCAGAGAUGCACCAGCAGCUGGCACCGCUCUUCCGCAUCACCCUGCCCGUGCUCUCCAGCAACAUGGUCCAGAACAUCCCAUGGAAGGAUUAUGAGCUCCACGACUGGAUGUCGGAGGAGUACAGGCACAUCGAGGGGAAAUACGUCCGGCUGACGGGCUACCCCUGCUCCUGGACCUUCUACCACCACCUCCGGCAGGAGAUCCUCCAGGAAUUCUCUUUCCACAACCACGUCAAGGAGGAGGCCAACCAGUACCUGGCCGGGCUGCGCGGGCAGCGCCGGAAUGUGACCUAUGUGGGAGUCCACAUCCGGAGUGGGGACUACAUCUGGGUGAUGCCCCAGGUCUGGAAGGGGGUUGUGGCAGACAAGGCCUACCUGGAGAAGGCCAUGGGCUACUUCCGGGCCAAGUACCAGGAGCCGGUCUUCGUGGUGACCAGCAACGGGAUGGACUGGUGCCGGGAGAACAUCGACGCCUCGCGGGGGGACGUGUAUUUCUCAGGGGAAGGGAAAGAGUCAUCACCAGGGAGGGACUUUGCUCUUUUGGCCCAUUGCAACCACACAAUCAUGACCAUUGGGACGUUCGGCAUUUGGGCCGGUUACCUGGCUGGGGGGGAGACCGUCUACUUGGCCAACUACACCCUCCCCGACUCUCCCUUCCUCAAGAUCUUCAAGCCUGAGGCCGCCUUCCUGCCCGAGUGGAUCGGGAUCAACGCUGAUCUCUCCCCCCUGCAGAGUGAGACAUCUGGCUAAA